AGCCAAUGAAGAGGCUCGUGAAGCGCCCCUCACGUAGCGUCGUUGGCUUCCGGGCGGGCCCUUGCGCGCGGCUGUCCGUUGCGUGGUGCGUCGUCUCCGAUCUGUGCGCGAGGAUGAAGGAAGCGGCGGCGGCGGCCGGCGCUCCCGGCGCCGCCCCCGUGCCCGGCUUCCUGGCGAAGCUCUGGGCCUUGGUGGAGGACCCGGGCAGCGACGAUGUGAUCGCCUGGGGCCGGGAUGGCCAGAGCUUUUGCAUUCUGAAUGAGCAGAAGUUUGCUAAAGAGCUACUUCCCAAAUACUUCAAACACAACAAUAUUUGCAGCUUCAUACGUCAGCUCAAUAUGUAUGGGUUCAGGAAAGUGAUUGCCUUGGAGAAUGGUAUGAUUACAGCAGCGAAGAGUGCAGCUGUUGAAUUCCAGCACCCUUUCUUUAAACAAGGGAAAGCAAACCUACUGGAAAACAUCAAACGAAAGGUGUCUGCAGUGAGAGCAGAGGAUCUCAGAGUCUGUUCGGAAGACUUACAGAAAGUGCUUUCUGAAGUCCAGGAAAUGAGAGAGCAACAGAACAACAUGGAUGUCAGACUGGCUAGUAUGAGGAGGGAAAAUAAAGCCCUGUGGAAAGAAGUGGCUGUUCUAAGGCAGAAGCACAGCCAACAACAGAAGCUGCUGUCUAAGAUCCUUCAAUUUAUACUAAGUUUGAUGAGAGGAAACUACAUUGUGGGAGUCAAGAGAAAAAGAUCUCUAACAGAUGCCUCAGGUGCCUCACCUUCCAAAUUCAGCCGGCAGUAUAUUCACCUACCUGUGGAGCAUGGCAAUGCGGUGGCUAUUUCUGAACAUGAUCCAAACAGUGAAAAUGAUACAGGCAUCAUUAUUCAAGAUAUCACCAACACUGUGGAUGAUGCCACGGAUGAGCUGCUCACCCUAGUGCAUACAAGCAGAAGUGAUGGAGAACCCCAGACCACUCAAGAACAUGAUCUGCCUGUCUGUGAAGCAUCACAGCCCAUUGAGUUAGGUCCUACAGAACCAGACUAUCCAGUCCAAGUUGCUGACCAUCCCUUCAAGUCCAGUGCAGUAGGAAAUCAUGCCGUAGAGCUGCAUUCUGCACAAGUUAAUGCUCCUGAAGAUCCUGCAUCAGUGAUUGACUCCAUCUUGAAUGAGAGCAACUCCACAACUCAAAGUGAUGCUUUUCUGGAGAGGGAAGAGAUUCAGGAUUUUCUAAAUUGUAUUGAUGCCAGUCUUGAGGAGCUCCAGGCGAUGCUGUCUGGGAAGAAAUUUAACUUUGGCUCUGAAUCCUUUAGUGAUACUUUCAAUCCUGAGUUUCCAGCCCUGGACGCUAACUUGACAGAUGCUUCAUCCAAUAUGGAAAAUAUUGAGGGCUUGACGGACAGCGUUGAAGAGCUAGGAACAAGUGAGCGGAAAACAGGAAACAAAGCCAUCCUGGAACUCACUGGCACCUAUGACAUUGAAGGGACAUGGAAGAGUUCCAUCACCUUGCCAUGUGUCUAUGUGCCUUCCCAGGACUUUGUGCAGCAAACAGUCAUUUGGACCCUGGAACGAGAUCAAAGCCCUUCCACCAUCUUUCGAAGGGAUAGCUCUGGCGAUCACAUCCUGUUGUCACAGUACAGAGGUAGGGUCAGCGUGCCAAAUAGCACGCCAGGGGAUGUGUCUCUUGAAAUUGAGAAGCUUGAAGUCUCAGACAGUGGACACUACACUUGCAAAGUCACCUGGAGAGCCCAGGACAAGAGCCUGCUAACAAGGGAGAGAACCACUACAGUUAAUGUCAUUAAAGUUGCAGUGACCAAACCCAUCAUCAGACCAGGCGCUCUGGGAUUCACUGUACCAAAAGGGGCUAGGACAACCCUGACUUGCUCUGCCAAUGGGUCCCCACCCAUCAUCUACCGAUGGUUCAAGGGAGAGCCAGGAGGAAACACAGUGUCUGUGAGCAAUCACUCCGUACUCCUGUUUGAUUCUCUGCAAACGUCUGACACGGGGAAAUAUUACUGUGAAGCAGAAAACAGAGCAAGCUCACAAGUCCUACAGCAGAGUGAUGCAGUGGAGCUGACUGUGAGGGGGUACCAGGGGACCAGCCUGCCCCUCUAUAUCAUCAUCCUGAUUGUUGUGCUCUCUGUGGCUGUGGUGUUUGUUGUCAUUGCGAUCGUCUUAUGUAAGAGAGAGACCAAGAAGGAUAAUCCGAAUGAAGUAACAUGUUCUAACUCCAAGAACCACACAAGAGGAGAGACUUGUUUAGGAGUUAAUGACAAGUGCACGUAUGAGGAAGCAAAAUCUAGAGGUGAAAACAACUAUACAUCACAGCCUGUGAAAGAGAAUGAAUAUGAGAGAAUUGGCACAAUGAAAAACAAUGACUAUGCGACUCUUGUGAAAGCAACAGCGUCUGAAUAUGAACUGGGGGAUGUUCCAUAGAAAACCAGCAUUUACACACCAGCAGCAGUGCAGAAGAUAGGGCUCUAGAGAAUGAAUGGUCACCAUUCAAGAAGGGAAACCCUUCAUCCUUUCCAUCUUCUUCUCAUAAAAAUAUUAAGCUCUGUUGUUUAAUUGUUGAAGGGCAAUUGCAUCACCCUCUGGUUUUUCAUGCUUGAGAACUUGCAUGAAAACUUCCUAAGAUUAGCUUCCUGCUGUAAACUAUCCAGGAAUGAUACAAAGUGAAAAGUAAGUGUGUGUGUGUGUGUGUGUGUGUGUGUGUGUGUGUGUGUGUGUUUGGUUCUCCCCCCUCCCCCCCAGGUCUAACAUUCAGCACAGACAAUGGAAGGUCCUUUUUAAUAAUGCGAGGAGAGUUCAGGGGAAAAGAGAACCUGAGAGCAAGGCCAAAAUAAGAACUGCCUAGUACUGAAGGGACCAGCAGAAAGGAACAAACUCUAUAUCCGUAUCUUGCUCUGUCAUAGUUUUUAUACCAUAUCUCAAAUAGUCUUUAUACCAUACUGCAAGAGGAAAUCUGUAUGUAUUCUGUAGUAAAAUUUGGCUGCUAGUUCGCUAUCCAAUCAUAUGGUAUCUCAAAUUGCAACUUGGGAUCUAUUCCUUCAAAGCGUCCCUUCCUUUUUGUCUCCUGCUAGAAUUGCAUUUUUAACAUUUGGAAAAGAUGGAAGAUAAGUCUGGGGUGAGGAGUAUUGGCAUCUCCUACUGUAACUUUUUUUUUUCCUGCUCUUUGCUUUGCCCUUAGGCUUUAAUAUAGUGUUUUCCUAGGCAAAACAAUAUUUUUAGCAUGGAAUCAUAUGCUAACAACCCUCCCUUGCCACAGCUCUUAAGUGUUCUGUUAAGAAAAACUUUCCAUUCUGUAUAAAGCUGAUUUCCCAUGCACGUGGCACCUGUUUUGGUAUAGUGUGCACACAGCAUAUACACAGGUCAUAUGUCCUCCAUAGGUGGGGAAUUGAGAAGCCCAGCAGGCAAUGGGAGACAUCUAGCAACUGCACUCAUCUGAGGACCGAGCAGUUUCUUUCCUCCCCGCUGUAGUUACAAAGCUUGAGCUCAGCCUUGGUUUGCUUGGGACAAAUAUGAAAGAACCACAUGGUGAUUUUCAUUAACUCAAAAUUAUUCUGUAGCUGCCUCUCUUCCACCCACUCCUGUUCACAAGCCCACAGUCUGAUGUUGGGCCUGAUUCUGCUCUCAGUUUUAUCCGGGCCCUCCCUGUUAGGGAAUUUGCAUAUCUUUGGGCAGAACUUUGUCCUUAGCGGAUGUCAUCUAUUCCUAAAUCCCUUCCUGAAGAUUGUAAUUACAAGACUAUAUUUUCACCUGUAAAAAUGUGUUCUGUACCUUUUAAACCAGUUCACAUGUUGGAUAUUAAAAAAACAAUGGUGGUGUUUCUUUCAAAAAUAUCUUUCCCUAGAGCACUGAAACAACCCUCCUGUAUUCUCCUACUGGCCACUCUCUGGGGUCAGCUAUAGAAAGACACUUUUAGCUCCUGGUAUAACCUAGCACUAUCCUAUUGAAUUCAAACAUGUAACUUGCUUGUGCAAGAACUAGAUGUGGCCCAUAGUCUUUAAACCAACAAUAUCCUGUAGCUGCAGUACUGAUGCAAAGCAGCUGGGGCCUAGCUGGAGAUGGGCAAAGAACUAAUUCCAUGUUUAUAAAAUUACCAUUCUUUCCUGUGGAGCUACUCUGAAAUCACUUACUUGGUAUUGUUUGUAGUUAACUUGCAUUCCCAACUCUUGAAAUGCCCUGAACCAUGAAAUUGCCUAAUCAAGGAGCCAAGGUACUUUCUUGAUAGGCUUAAACUGAACUGUUUCACAUAGUCCAGUGGCAACUGACUUGACACCAGGUGCAUCAUUUUCAAAUACAGUAAUUGCAGCUCCAACUGGUUUGAACCUGGCUUGUAUCUCCUUCUGUUGUCAAAGCCUUGACUAAAGAGCGGAGACUGUUUUCCCUAGAGGGUGAUGUUAGAGGGCUUUCCCUCAACCCUCUCACUUCCCUGUUUCUUGUCACAUAGACAGCAAGUAGCAAAAGACCAGUAGUCCGAAGCACAAACAAUGCGAUGUUUAUUGGGGUUAGUUUCCAAGCAAGCACAUUCUGAAGCAAGCA